ACAAGUCUUCAGAUCACUUCCUCCGACACCAAUCUUUCAAAAACAAUACAAAAACAUUAUUUCAAUUCAAUUCACGUUUGAAUCCAUUUAUUGGACGUUAUUAUUGAGCGACCCUUCAGUUCGCAUACCAUUACAAUCGGACACCAAUUGAGUUGAUCUGAAGGUUAAGACUUGUUUUGGUGAUCAAAACCGUUGAUUGACUGCAAUAAUGGCCACGAAAUGGGAUUUACCCGCUCUUGAACUCAAAGCUCCCGUAAAGGUCUCGCCAUUGAUUCGGUUCUGUCGGUGGUCUCUAUUGAUCACUGGAAUCGCUUACGGACUGCAACACAACCGAACGCUGACGAAGAGAGAGAAAGAGCAUAGAAUCCAAUUGAGACAGAAGAAGAUCAUUUGGGACGAAGAGCAGCGACUCAACAAACUCAAGGAGAAUAGAGUGGGAAUGUUAUAUUUGGCCAAAGCGACCAACACUAAGAUUCCCGACAACUUCGACCAAAUGUACCCCAAAUAGAGGCCAAUCGGCGGUCACUUCGUGUGUAAUCGGGACGACAUCUCGAAGUCUAGGAUUAUCUAUAAAUUUGCUUUUAGUUGUAAUAGAAAUCUAUAAACCA